GGGAGCAAUUCCCCUCUAUUUAAUUUGUUUGUUGCCCGUCGUUCCUUUUCGAUUUGAGAUUUAAAAAAUAGAGCUCUGGAGUUGGGGAUCAUCCCCAUCUCGCCGACCUCUUCCCUCUUCCCCUAAAUCUAGGUCUAAGUCCUUUCCCGGAUCCGAUCGCAGGACGGACCUGGCAUGGUGGGCGGAGAUCCGGCGGUGCUCGUGGACGGUGGGUCUCGGUCCGGAUGCUAGAUGCUUCUCAGCAGAUCUGCGUCUUCUUGGAUCUCUCAGCUUCUCGCCUGCAUGGGAGCAGAGGUUGUCUUGGAUGCUGUGCUAAGCCCACUCCAAUUAUUGCAGUUGACGAACCAUCAAAGGGUUUGAAAAUCCAAGGCCGGACAAUAAAAAAACCCAGCGUGUCUGAUGAUUUUUGGAGUACGAGCACAUAUGAGAUGGAAAACAGUGGUGUGCAAUCUCAAAGGAGCAUCUCUUCAAUUAGCAUAUCAACACAGAACCUUGAUCACCAUGGAGCAGGAAGCACCAGCAACCCUUCCGAAUUUAUAAAUCAUGGUCUUCUUCUCUGGAAUCAAACCAGGCAGCAAUGGAUUGGAAAUAGAAGACCUGAGACCCAAUUGCAACAGGUCCGAGAACCCGAAUUAAGUUGGAAUGCAACAUAUGACAGUUUGCUGGGGACCAACAAGCCAUUUCCACAGCCCAUCCCUCUAUCUGAGAUGGUAGAUUUCCUUGUGGACAUCUGGGAGCAGGAGGGUCUGUAUGAUUAGGCGAAACAAGUUGCUUUAGACGUUGUGUGGACUGUCAAGCAGAUGGGGACUCCUAUAGAUGGUCUUUGAUAAUACUAGAUGACGAUGGGUAUCCUUCUUCCACAUCAACUGCUACAUGUACGCUACCACUGAUAUCUUGUCCCUCCUUUUUCCUUCCCUUUACGUUCCUCCUGUAGCAAGUUACCUCCCCAGCAUCGUUGUAAGCUCUGAAACAGGCUUCGCCCUGCUUAGUGUUUUUGUAUGCUCGCCGAUUGGCAAGUUGUUAGACCGGCGGCAUCACAUUCUGCUUAGCACAAAGCUAUUCCGUGGCAUGCUUGUAGAAAUUACCUUGCUGAUGCCGAGUCUAUGAUCCAUUUUGCCGUCCCGCCACAGCCUUCUGUGUCUUAUUGUUGCCAUGCCAAGUCCGAAGGGGUUUGCCUUCUGCUUGAAAUUGUAAUGCAGGUGUUUGGGAGGUUUCCUGUGUGCUUGACAAUGAUUUGGACUCUGAAUGUUGAGAUUACAUGCUCAGGUCGGAAUAAUUUUGGUUCGCAACUAGGGGUAUGUGGCAAACCUAAGAAUACCAUAUUACAUACCAGUAUGGAUAGCUUCAAAUGCACAUCAAUCUUAUCAAA